UUUUAAAUUCUAAAAAAAUUGUAGAGUCAAUAAUAAAACAAAUGACUGCGUGCUGCUUAUGAAAAUGACAUUUGAUUUGGUAUUUGUCACAUUUUUCUGCAUUUUUACUUUUUUAUACACAGAUUAUUUGGUGAACUUUCCAUUUUUACAUAAAACUUUUAGCAACUGAAAGUAUAAUUGAAAAUGGUUUAUCCACACGCAUACCGGACAGAACACAGUGAAACGCAGACUUCAAAUAAUGCGUACGGUGACUACUUUCUUGGGUCCCAAAGUAAUCAAAUAAAAAUUCAACCUCAGCUUCUAAAGAUACUACAGACCAUAGAUUCCAUGAAGGAAAAAUUAAUAGAAAACCUAGGAAAGGCUAUCAAAAUAAAGUCUAUUGCAUCUGAUGUUCACUAUAGAGCCGAAGUUAAGAAAAUGGUCACGUUCAUGGAAGAUUGGCUGAAGGAGUUGGGCAUGAAAUAUGAAGUUUUCAAUAUUGGAUUUUACUACGUUGAAGGAAAGAAAAUAAGACUCCCGCCUGUUAUUUUGGCGACUUUGGGAAAUGAUCCUAAUAAAAAGACACUUUGCGCUUAUGGCCAUUUGGAUGUACCACAUGCAGAACCUUCGGAAUGGGACACAGAUCCAUGGAAUUUAACUGUCAAAGAUGGAUUUUUAUAUGGAAAUGGAGCUGGUUGUGGAAAGGGUCCAUUGAUGUGUUGGCUCCAUGCUUUACUGGCAUUUAAAUUGAACAAAAUGCCGCUACCAGUCAACUUUAGAUUUUGCAUUGAAAUGAUGCAGCACAAAAACAGCCAAGGUUUUUUGACGUUCGUUAACACAAAGAAGCAAGACUUUUUCAAUCAAAUAGAUUUUGUAGCGCAAGUUGCCGGCGAAUGGUUGGGCCACAAAAUACCUUGUAUAAUUUAUGGAACUGCCGGUAUUGUUCAUAUGGAAAUAACCAUCGAAGGUGAUUCAAGCGACUCUAUUAAACAAGACAUGGAGAACAUUUUUGAGACAAUAAUUAACGCCAGAAUGGAAAUUGUAAUUCCUCAUUACUCUGACAUGGUCGAACAGAUUGGACCUGACGAAGAGAUGAUCUACGCAAACAUUCGCGAAUUUGAUCCAAAAGAAAUUCGAGAAUCCUUGCCACUAUUCAAACGAACUUGGGACAGAGUUCGACUCCUGAUGCACAUGUGGCGUCUUCCUUCGAUCUUCAUUGACGACAUCGAAGAAUGCACGUGUCCGAAUCGCGACAAGAAGAUGAUCAGAAGGCAUUUCAUUUUGAAAAUCGUUCCUCGACAAACUAUCGAUUUCACCGUGGAAGUAGUUCAGAAGCACAUAAUGAGCGUGAUCAAGAAAAAUAAUAUUAAAAGUAAAGUGAACGUGAAAUGCGUGGAAUCCGUUCGACCGUGGGUUGAAAAUCACAAUUCGUUCAAUCAUCAGGCCGCCAAAAGAGCGUUUAUACAGAUCUACAAAGUGGACCCGAAUUUGAUCAGAGAAGAUACAGGUAGAGAAACGACCGCCAUAUUCGACAGCGCUUUGGAGAAGAAUCUCGUCAUAUUACCGAUUGCUUCGAAGGGUUCAAGACUAGGUCGAGGAAAUGAACACAUAUCGACGCGAUGUUUCCAAGAAGCUACCAAAAUGUUGGCGGCCUACAUGUUUCAACUGGCGCAAAAGCCGAAAAAACCGCGUACUGUAGGUGCCGAAAAAUGAACUACUAUCGACUGUUUUUAAGCCGAUCGCAUUCUAAAUUUGGUUUAGAAUGUGACCACAGAUUUAGUGCGGGAAAUUUAUUUAUAUUGUAUAUUUUUAUAUAUUUUAUUAAGAAUGUAUAUUAUGUUUGUAUAUUUUGCAGUAAGUUUUUUUUCUAAUUUCCGUAAGGUGUUUUUUUUGGUACAAAGCAGGUGAAACAAUUAUUAAAAGUAGGAAGUUGUGCCAUUUAAAAACUAAAGUGCGUCUUUAUAUAGGGUAAUACUAAGUUGAUAGUUUUUAAUGUGGUGAGGUAGCUAAGAUAAGAAAUGACUAGACUGAUUCUAGAAUGCGUUUCUAUUUCAUAUUCUGAUCUCAAUCUGUAAAAAAAUGAAUCAUAUUUUUUCUUUUUCUGUAAUGUCUUAGCUAAUGGAAAGUAAAACACGCUGGUUUAAAAAACACAAUAACAGACUAUUUUAAAACAUGAAAUUUGGAACAUUGAUUAAUCUUGUAACACAUUAUUGAAAAUAUACAACUGUACUUUUUCAUUUAAUGCAAAAAGAAUGGUGAUAAUUGUUGAUGCUUAAAAAUGAAACAAACAAGAAGCUGGCUUAAACUUAUUACGAUCUGGUGUUCUCUGUUUUGAUUAUGUAAUAAAAUGCUGGUAAUAUUCCCGUUUCAGAUAUAUUAAUACUUGCUUUUCAAACUUGAUUCGCUAGAUCUCUUAACUGUCUAAAUUACUUCGUUGCAAUGCCUCGCGAUUGUAUUGUGAUAAUAGAUAGAUAAAAAAUGGUACUACUGUUUCAUAUGUCUCUUAUAUGAUUCACAUUAUAUUUGACUGUGUA